UUUCCGGUUAUUCUCGUCAUGUCAACAAAAGUCUGUUAAUAUUCCGAUGGCUUUUUAUCCGUCAUCAGCUGAUACAGAUGAUUCUUUUGAUUUUCUUUUUAAAAUUGUGUUGAUAGGUGAUGCGGGAGUUGGAAAAACAUGUGUAGUUCAGCGUUUUAAGUCAGGAACAUACGUUGAAAAGCAUGGGAGUACCAUAGGUGUUGAUUUCACAAUGAAAACAUUAAAAGUUGAUGGGAAAUUAGUGAAGCUUCAAAUCUGGGAUACUGCUGGCCAGGAGAGAUUUCGUACGAUCACACAAAGCUAUUACAGAAGUGCCAAUGGUGUUAUAUUAGCUUAUGACAUUACAAGAAGAGAAUCUUUUGAAGAUCUACCUCGAUGGUUAGAAGAUGUCAAACGAUAUGCUGGUGGUAGUAUAGUUCAGUGUUUGAUAGGUAACAAAAGAGACUUGGAACAUUUAAGAGAGGUGAAUACUUCUGAAGCUAAAAAUUUUGCUCAACAACAUAACAUGAUUGAUGUGAUUGAAACAAGUGCUAAAGAAAAUACAAAUGUGGAACAAGUCUUUUUAGAAAUGGCUACAGAAUUAAAGAGAAGAAUUGGUGGAGAUUCAGGAUUAGCCAGUUCAAAGUCCGGUGGAAUUAGUCUGAAUACACAAACAGUUGGUGGAGGUGGUUCAUCUUGUUGUUAAAAGCUUUACAGAAGAUAAUUGUUAUUUGAUCAUGUUGAUUGUGCAUAUGAAGAAUGACUGUAUAAAUAGUUCAACAUAUGAAUGAUUAUAAGUUGUGUAUGCAUGAGGUACAUGUAUGAUAGGUUUUUUCUUACAAAUCUUUCAAGUAAUUUUUUCCCAAAAUGGGACCAUUAGUGUAAUUGGUGUCAGAUGCUGUUGUGAUGUCUUCUAAUCCUUUCAAGUUGUGGGUUAAAUGUUUGUACAUGUAGUUGUAUGUUAAAGGAAGGUUGUUUUACUUUACACUAGAACAAUUGAUAAAGAAAUAGCUAGAUAUUUAUUAAAAAAUAUCAUUGAAUGCCAAUCAUUUGAUUUAAUUUUACUACUUUGAAAUCUGGUCCUUUAGUUAUAAAGAAUUAAAGAGUACUGU